AUGUCCCUCCUUAGACAUGCCAAACAGCAUCUCUCCAACCAGUUGAAGUACGAGCAUCUCAAUGCCUUCGUCUCGCUCGCCGACCGCGCCUCAAUUCUCACUCGCGCCGAAUCCGCCGACGCGUCUCCUCAAGGUCACAAUGUAGGAAAGCACAGCCCGUAUGGCAGACUAGUUGCCAUCAAGGACAAUAUAUGCACGGCUGAUCUCCCCACCACGGCCGCAUCGGGCAUCCUGAAGAAAUUCAUCAGCCCGUAUGAUGCAACGGUGGUAGAGCGGCUCCGCGAUGCCGGGGCCAUCAUUGCCGGAAAGACGAACAUGGAUGAGUUCGGGAUGGGAUCGCAUUCUGCGCACUCGUACUUCGGCCGUGUGAAGAUGGAAGGUCUUGAGGGACAAGAGAAGAGUGCGGGUGGGAGUUCGGGGGGUAGUGCGCUUGCGGUUGCUACCGCGCAAUGCUGGGCGGCUCUGGGGACGGACACGGGCGGUUCCGUACGACUGCCUGCUGCGUAUACCGGCGUUGUGGGGUUCAAGCCGAGCUAUGGCCUCCUUUCAAGAUGGGGAGUUAUUGCGUACGCCAAUUCGCUAGAUACAGUGGGAGUAUUGGGCAGUGAUAUCGAGACAGUUGAAGGUGUGUUUGACACCUUAAACGUCUACGACCCGCAGGAUCCCACCUCGCUCCUUCCAUCAACACGAUCUUGUCUCAGUUCGGAGAAGAGCUUGUGGGGUCCCCUCCGGGUCGGUAUUCCGCUAGAAUAUAAUAUCGAAACUUUACAUCCCGGGGUCCGAAAAACAUGGACUCGCUCCCUGGACCUCCUACAAGAGCGCGGGCACACACUACAUCCCGUCCGACUACCGGCAACUCAGCACGCCUUGUCAGCAUACUAUGUUCUCGCUCCUGCGGAGGCAUCUAGCAACCUCGCAAAGUAUGACGGCGUAAGAUAUGGGAGCAGAGCCGAAGGCAGUGAUGGUACGCCUGAGAGCGUGCUCUUCGCGAAGACGCGGGGACAGGGCUUCGGACCCGAGGUUCAACGGCGGAUUCUGUUGGGCGCUUUCUCGCUGAGCGCGCAAGCAAUCGAUAAUUACUUCAUUCAGGCUCAGAAAGUCCGGAGACUGGUCCAGCAAGACUUCGACAAGGUGUUCAAGGCCUGUAAUCGGCUUGUAUCCCGCUCGUUUGCUGUGGAAGAGACUGGUGUGGAUAUCCUGCUCUGUCCAACCGCCCCGACUCUGGCUCCGCUCCUCACCGACAUCGAGAAUCAAGAUCCGAUCCACGAGUACAUGAACGACGUCUUCACUGUUCCCGCGAGCUUGGCCGGACUUCCUGCGAUAAACGUCCCCGUCUCUAUUGCAGACGAAGAUAGGGAUGUUAAGGUGAGGGAAGGGGGCUUUAAGGAGAGUGCGGGUAUGCAAAUCAUCGGCCAAUAUGGCGACGACAAGCUGGUGCUCGCCGUCGGCAAAGAGCUAAUGCAAGCCGCAUCAGAGAGACAUGAUCACGGGACGUAGCAUCCUGAACCACAUGUACAACAUGUAUAACAUCACAACGACACGUCAACACAGUAGUGGGCAAGAAAUGCGUUUAAACCCCCGGGCCCAGGGGUGUGGGUCCAAAGGAGUGUCCAUUAAUUCCAUACCAUUCCUACAUGAUUGCCUUCAUAACCCUAGUAGCUUGCUCCGACUCCCAUUCGCCAUUCCGAAAUGCAUGGACUUUAACCCGUGAUCCUGGGAUUGAGUGGUUGGUUGGAGUCGAGUUGAGGAUUCAGUGGGUGCGAAGUGAGACGCUUAAUGGCU